GCGGCAGCAGGGCGAGGGCGAUCGGCGGCGGACUAGCUAGCUAGCGGGCAUUGGGAACAACCAUCGCGGGAACCAUGCUUGCCAACGCUGCCAUAAUGAGGAUCCUCAUCAAAGGGGGGAAAGUGGUGAAUGACGACUGCACCCUUGAAGCUGAUGUUUAUAUUGAGAAUGGCAUCAUACAGCAGGUGGGCCGUGAACUCAUGAUCCCUGGCGGGGCCAAAGUCAUAGAUGCCACUGGCAAGCUGGUGAUCCCUGGUGGUAUUGAUACCAGUACCCACUUCCACCAAACCUUCAUGAAUGCAACCUGUGUGGAUGAUUAUUACCAUGGCACCAAGGCAGCCCUGGUUGGGGGGACCACCAUGGUUAUUGGACACGUGCUUCCAGAUAAAGAUACUUCCCUGCUAGAUGCUUAUGAGAAGUGUCGCAGCCUGGCUGACCCAAAGGUGUGCUGUGAUUAUGCCCUGCACAUGGGCAUCACCUGGUGGGCACCCAAGGUAAAAUCAGAAAUGGAAACUUUGGUUCGAGAGAAGGGGGUCAACUCCUUCCAGAUGUUCAUGACAUACAAAGACUUGUAUAUGCUCCGGGACAGUGAGCUCUAUCAGGUGUUCCGUGCUUGCAAAGAUAUUGGAGCUAUUGCACGUGUUCAUGCUGAGAAUGGCGAGCUAGUGGCUGAGGGGGCCAGGGAAGCUCUGGAUCUGGGCAUCACUGGUCCAGAGGGAAUUGAGAUCAGCCGACCCGAAGAGCUAGAGGCUGAAGCUACACAUCGUGUCAUCACCAUUGCUAAUCGGACUCACUGCCCUGUCUAUCUGGUCAACGUUUCUAGCAUGUCAGCCGGGGAUGUUAUAGCCACAGCCAAAAUGCAAGGGAAAGUUGUGUAUGCAGAGACUACCACAGCACACACUACACUAACAGGCUUGCACUACUAUCACCAGGACUGGUCCCAUGCAGCAGCCUACGUCACAGUGCCACCCUUGCGGCUAGACACAAACACUUCCACCUACCUCAUGAGUUUGCUUGCCAAUGACACUGUGAAUGUUGUGGCCUCUGAUCACCGGCCUUUCACCACUAAACAGAAGGCAAUGGGGAAGGAAGACUUCACUAAGAUCCCCCAUGGAGUUAGUGGGGUACAGGACCGUAUGGCUGUCAUCUGGGAACGUGGAGUGGUAGGGGGCAAGAUGGAUGAGAACCGCUUUGUUGCAAUCACCAGCUCUAAUGCUGCCAAGAUCUACAACCUGUACCCUCGCAAGGGCCGCAUCAUUCCUGGAGCCGAUGCAGACGUAGUUGUGUGGGACCCUGAGGCCACCAAGACCAUCUCAGCCAGCACCCAGGUCCAGGGUGGUGACGUGAACCUGUAUGAGAACAUGCGCUGCCACGGGGUACCACUGGUUACUAUCAGCCACGGGCGUGUGGUCUACGAGAAUGGGGUCUUUAUGUGUGCUGAAGGCACCGGCAAGUUCUGCCCUCUCCGCUCCUUUCCAGACUCUGUGUACAAGAAACUGGUGCAGCGAGAAAAGAGUUUAAAGCUUAAAGGCGUGGACCGCACCCCAUAUCUGGGGGACGUAGCCAUGGUUGUGCACGCUGGGAAAAAAGAGACGGGGACACCACUUGCAGACACCCCCACUCGGCCGGUCACAAGACAUGGGGGCAUGAGGGACCUCCACGAGUCCAGUUUCAGCCUUUCCGGUUCUCAAAUCGAUGACCAUGUUCCAAAGCGAGCUUCGGCCCGGAUUCUCGCUCCCCCCGGAGGCAGGUCUAGUGGCAUUUGGUAGCUGCCCUCCAGACUUGUCCCCCAACUAAGGACACCAUCUCCACCCCCACUUGCCUGGCUGCCACCAACACCCUGCGAGCUCAAGGCAGCCACACCUUUCACCGGAGCCACUGACAUGGGCAAGCGCUCUGCUGCCUGCACCCAAUGCUGUGCCCUAUGGAGCCCACUGCCCUCCUCUGUGGGAAUGAGACGAUGGGGCCCUAUCCCUCUCCUCACCCCACAGCUGCACUAAGUUCUGGGUGA